UCACCUGCAACACGCCCUCCAUUCUCUGGGAACACGUCAGUCAUGAAGCCCUGUUUCAUGACCAUUGCCAUCUUUCUGAUCCUGGUUCAAAAGACGCCAGGUGGCCUGUUCAAAUUCCAGAAUGGCAAAUGGAACCCAUGUGAGCUCUAUGAUGCCAGGUGCAGAGUCAACUGCAGGAAAUAUGAAAUUCAAUAUUUAAGCUGCCCGACUGGUCUAAAGUGCUGCCUGAAAUUUUCUGGGAAAAAACCCAGUUAUAACAACGCGAAAGAGGAUUAA